AUGAUUUCAGAUCAGCAGUGCUCGUGUCCUCAAGUCGGUGAAUGGAUGAAGGGUAAACAGAUUGGUUCCGGAUCUUUUGGCACUGUCCAUUUGGCUAUGAACAAAUCUACAGGUUCACUAUUUGUUGUGAAAUCUGCAGUUUCUGAUGCUGGAGUUGAAGCUUUGCAGAAUGAGGCCAGCAUUCUGGAAAGCUUGGAUUCGCCGUACAUUGUUCAGUGCCUCGGGAGGGAUUUCUUGAAGGAAAGAAAUGGUAGACAAACACUUGAUAUUUUCAUGGAGUACAUGACGGAGGGAAGCCUAUCGGAUGUAGCAGAAAAAUUUGGAGGAACUUUGGAUUCAGAAGUGGUUCGGUUGUACACCAGAGAGAUUCUCCAUGGUCUGAAGUUUCUUCAUGGUAAUGGGAUAGUGCAUUGUGAUCUGAAAUGCAAGAAUGUUCUCUUGAAGUCAAAUGGGAAUGUUAAAUUGGCGGAUUUUGGAUGUGCGAAAAGAUUAAAGGACUUCAAAAGAAAUGGGGACUUGACAACAUUUUCUUGGCAAUCUGUUGGGGGAACUCCUCUGUGGAUGGCUCCGGAGGUUCUGAGAAAUGAAGGAUUGGAUUUCACUUCAGAUAUUUGGUCCUUGGGGUGCCUGGUUAUCGAAAUGGCAACGGGGAGGCUUCCAUGGGGGGACAAAAUUUCGAAUCUAUUGACCGCAGUAUUGAAGAUUGCUUGCAGCAGCGAGAAGCCUCAGUUUCCUGCAGACUUCCCGGAAGAGGGCCUGGAUUUUUUGGAGAAAUGCCUGGAGAGGAAUCCGAAAGAGAGGUGGACGGCAGAGGAGCUGCUUAACCAUCCGUUUAUUUCUCAGAAUUUUGUGAAGAAUCCGUCAGAAAAAUGUGUAUGCUCACCAUCAAGUGUUUUAGAUGUUGGAACAAUUGAAGAGGAUUAUGAUUCGGAUGAAUCUGACAGUACAAAAAACAAUGAAUUACAUCAAAAAAACCCAUUUUCAACCAGGCUUUGCGGCAGAAAAACCAGAAUGGUAACGUUGCAGGAACCUGAAACUGAGUUUUGGUCAUCGGAAGACUGGAUUACUGUUAGAUAG